CCCAACAAACUCAAAAUUUAAAAAAGCAAAUGAUCUGUACUCCUUUUGUUUCCAUCCAAUGAUCUGAUCCGUUAGAAAAACGACCCGGCCCCGGUUCGACCCAACUGUUUAAUAUAUAUAGUUAUAUAUAAUAUAUAUAUUUUAUAAGUAAUUAAUUAUUGUUAGGGUUUUCUCUUUCUCAUUCUACCCAUCUGUUUCGCCUCGCAUCGCUCUCCCGUCUCCUCUUCUCAAAUUCACCCAGCCGGCCAACCCCACGCCACCAGGCACCACCGCACGUCCACACCAGCCACUGUCCUCCUCUCCUCCGACACAGUCUCCGACGCAAAGCCUCAGCUCAAAAGCUUCGCGAUCGGGCCUCCCCGUCUUCGAGACAACGCCUCCGACGCAUCGCCGCCUCGACGUCCCGCGGCCCCCGCCGACUCCAGUUUGCAGAUUCGAAAGGUUGUCUUUAAAUCUUGUGAAAUUCGACAAGUCGGUUCGAGCUACGCGACUUCACACCUUGACGCCUAAAUCCGUCCGCCGUAACACCAGCCGCAACCACCUGGCGCCGCCAUCACCACCGUCCGGCGGCUCAAGGCUGAUAUGGACAGUGCUCGGCAAGAGAAAGUGAGAAAGUUUGAGGAAUUUGUUGACCAGAGAUUGAAACCCGAUCUUGUGCGCGCAAUUGCCGAACGGGACAAGGUUUUUGAGCAGCAGAAGAUAUUCUCUGAACUAAGGAGAAAUAUCGAGAAUCUGGAGAAGAACAGUGUGACUAGUUUAAGGACACGGGUCAACAUUGGUUCUGAAGUCUAUGUGCAAGCUGAUGUUCCAGAUACCCGACAUAUAUUUGUAGAUGUUGGCCUUGGAUUUCACGUGGAAUUUACAUGGACUGAAGCUCUUAACUUCAUAGCAACCAGGGAAGAAAGUUUAUCCAGGCAAAUAGACGAUUAUACACGUUUAAUCGCAUCAAUUAAAGCUCAGAUUAAAAUGGUUUGUGAAGGAAUAAGAGAGCUACUUGAACUACCGGUAGCGGAGGUUUAACCGGAAGCCUGAAAUUUUUUACCCGGAUUUUUUCAGUAACUUUUGUGCACUGGAUAUGUAAAGAGUAAAGUUACUGAUAAAUGUUACAAUGCUACUCCUUUUAACUCUGAGAGUAGUUUAGAUUUGGUAGAAUCUUGAAAA